UUAGGGUUUGGCGGCCCAAAUUCCAAUCCCUCUCUCUCUCCAUCUCUCCACAAGCUCAAUUCUCUCUCUCUCUCUUUUCCCUCCAAUGGAGGCCAUUAGCCGCCUCGCAAAGCUCUCCUCCGGUUCCUAUCUCAGGAGAUGCUUAUCUUCGGCCGUUGCAUCCGAAUCCAAUCCCCCUUAUACCUCUCCUUUCCUUCCAAAGCCUGACUAUAAUCUAAUCCACAAAGAUCCCAAGAACAGACAUGUCCAAUGGGUAUUCCUGGGCUGCCCCGGCGUGGGCAAGGGCACCUACGCCAGCCGCCUCUGUAAUCUCCUCGGCGUCCCCCACAUCGCUACUGGAGAUCUAGUCCGGGAAGAGCUCGCCUCCACUGGCCCCCUCUCUCAACAGCUAUCUGAGAUUGUUAACCAAGGUAAACUGGUGUCGGAUGAACUUAUAGUAAGCUUAUUGUCAAAGAGACUGCAGGCUGGGGAAGCUAAAGGUGAAUCGGGAUUUAUUCUUGAUGGUUUUCCUCGAACAAUAAAUCAAGCGGAAAUAUUGGAAGGUGUGACUGACAUUGAUUUGGUGGUCAAUCUGAAGCUCCGCGAAGAUGUUUUGCUUGAGAAAUGUCUUGGAAGAAGAAUUUGCAGUGAGUGUGGAGGGAAUUUUAAUUUGGCAUCCAUUAAUGCUAAGGGUGAAAAUGGGAAUCCUGGUAUUAGCAUGGCUCCACUUCUUCCCCCACCACAGUGCAUGUCAAAGCUCUUUACUCGGUCAGAUGAUACUGAAGCCGUUGUAAAGGAACGGCUUCAUGUAUACAAUGAAAAGAGUCGGCCUGUGGAGGAAUUUUAUCGAAGCCGGGGAAAAUUAUUGGAGUUUGACCUCCCCGGAGGGAUCCCAGAAUCCUGGCCAAAAUUGCUGGAAGCUCUCAAUCUUAAUGAUUAUGAGGAGAAGCAGUCUGCUGCAGCUUAGGCUAUUUUACUGCAUCUUUGAAGGUACAUCAUUCAUUGCAUGUGUAAGGUUCAUUAGUCAAGGGAGGGGAAGUGGGAUGGAGAACAUACUCUCCCUUUGGAGAAUUAAAAAAUAAAUAAAUAACUUGAAAACUGCGUUGCAAUUUGAUCUCUUCAGAAUUUUUUUUGCUUCAAUAUGAAGUGGUUUCUGGUCUAUUAUUGUAUGAGAGAGAUCUGUCACAGUAUUGUUUGGUUGAGGGAUAACUUAAUUUUAAGAAGCUAUUUUUUGGCACCAAUAAGCUUCAGUAGUGGAGGUUGAUAUAUCAAUAAUGAAUUUUUGUAACUUACGAUUAAUGAUUUAAUCAAGCUUCAGUUUGAA